CGAGGAGGACCCGGCCAUCUAUCACAGGAGCCGGCGCCGCUGAUCGCCCGCGCACCCGUGGGAGAGAGAGCAGAGCACGAGCAGCGCCGCGAGCGACACACAGGAGCGGGGCGGGAUGGCGAGCCUGACGGUGCCGCCGGUGCCUACGUGGCCCCGGCAGGACGCCAUCGACCUCCACAGGGCGUUCAAAGGUUUCGGCUGCGACAGCACGACGGUGAUCAACAUCCUCGCCCACCGCGACGCGGCGCAGCGCGCGCUGAUCCAGCAGGAGUACCGCGCCGUGUUCAACCAGGACCUCGCCCGCCGCAUCGCCUCCGAGCUCAGCGGCCACCACAAGCGCGCCAUGCUGCUGUGGCUCCUGGACCCGGCCUCCCGCGACGCCACCAUCCUGAAGCAGGCCCUCACCGGUGACGUCACCGACCUCCGCGCCGCCACGGAGGUGGUCUGCUCCCGAACCCCCUCGCAGCUCCAGAUCAUCCGGCACACCUACCGCGCCCGGUUCGGCUGCUACGUCGAGCACGACGUCACCGAGCGGACCUCCGGCGACCACCAGCGGCUGCUGCUGGCGUACCUGGCGAUCCCGCGCGCGGAGGGGGCGGCGGCGGUGGACCCGUCGCUGGCGGCGCUGGACGCCCGGGAGCUCUUCAAGGCCGGGGAGCGGCGGCUGGGCACCGACGAGCGCGCCUUCAUCCGGGUGUUCAGCGAGCGGAGCUGGGCGCACCUGGCGGCGGUGGCGCGGGCGUACCACCACAUGUACGACCGGUCGCUGGAGCAGGCGGUGAAGGGCGAGACGUCGGGGAACUUCGGGUUCGGCCUCCUCACCGUGCUCCGGUGCGCCGCCGACAGCCCGGCGAGGUACUUCGCCAAGGUGCUCCACAAGGCGAUGAAGGGGCUUGGCACCAGCGACUCGGCGCUGAUCCGGGUGGUGGUGACGCGGGCGGAGGUGGACAUGCAGUACAUCAAGGCCGAGUACCACAGGAUGUACAAGCGCUCCCUCCCCGACGCCAUCCACUCCGAGACGUCCGGCAACUACCGCACCUUCCUCCUCUCCCUUGUCGGACGCGACAGGACCUACUGAUAUCCAGAGUUCCAUUCCCAUGGGACUCUGCUCUGAAUAUGCAUGUUCUGUUCUGUUGUGUACACAUAGCUGUGUGUGAUCAGUUGAUCGGCGUAAUGCAGUGACAGUGAUCGAUCUUUGUGUGAAUUGCGAUGAAAUGGUUUCUUCA